AUGGAUUUGGUAGGGGAGAUUGUGGAAAGGGAUUCUAGUGAGGCUAUCCCACCUUCUCCAAUAAAUUUGGCAGAUAGUCAGAAAGCGGAUGAGUUUAAGAAGAGGAGAGCAUCUAAAUGGAAAAGAGGACAGAGCAAAUCACGACGUGAUAAUUCCAUUCAACCUUCAGAAACUUUAUCUGAAGCUGAUAAAAUCCACAAAGAGAACUUAGAUCGCAUAUCAAACAUGACUGAUGAAGAGCUAACUGAAGAAAAAAGAGAGUUAGUCGAAAGAUUGAAUCCAAAAUUAUUGCAAAGUCUUUUGAAGAGAACGGAAAAAAGAGUAGAAGAAUCUAAGGGAAAUGGACAUGUACAUUCAGAGGGCUACGAAGGCUGGAUAGGUACUGCAAGAACAAAAGAGGGGCUUUUGGACCUUUCUAAGUUGGAUAAGGAAGAUGUUGACAAGGCAUUGGGUCUAAGUCAGAGUCAAUUAAACGAGCAUAUUGAAGGGAAAAAUGAUUUGAAGAGCAAUAAGUCAGUAAAAUUUAAUGAUGUCGCAACCAUUCAUUACGAAGAUAAAUCUUCUGGAACAUCUAGUGAUGAAUGGGAGGAUGUGAAGGAAAUAAAUACAGUUGCUGCAGAUGAUUAUCAACUAAAUUUAGAUUCACCAGAAGACGAUUCAACUGUGCAUUUUCUCAAACCUUCCUCAAAACAGGCUCGAGAAGAUCAAGAUUUGGAUCUAAAUGACCCUGAGUUUUAUGACAAGUUACACGAAAAAUACUAUCCAGAUUUGCCAAAAGAGACUCUGAAGCUCUCAUGGAUGACAGAACCUAUGCCUAAGCUGAUCAACAAUACUUAUGAUUCUGUUUCUGAUAUAAGAUUUGACUUCAAAGGUGAUAUGAUAGAGUUGAUAGAUCCUAGUAGUGAGAGCAAGAAAGAGAUACCCACAUACGUUGGCUUACAUCAUCAUUCAGAUGCUCCGCAUUUAGCGGGAUAUACUUUAUCAGAGUUGGCACACUUAUCGAGGUCCGUGGUAGCUAGUCAGAGAUGUGUCAGCAUUCAAACCGUAGGAAGAAUACUACAUAAACUUGGCUUGCAUAAGUAUAAUAUUCUUCCUGUAUCUGAAGAUGAUCAAACUUUUGGAGAAAAUAUCAAAGAAUUUAAUACAGAAUUUGAAAAAAUGAUGUGGCGCCUAGUUUAUGAUCUCAGAAUUAUAGAGAGCAUUACUGAAGCGGCUGAUGAUAAAAAGUCAACAAAUAUAUCUGUAAGGAACUAUGCCGUCGAAGCCUUAUGGUUGUGGAAACAAGGUGGGGGCCAGCCUGACGAGCAAACAGAGGAGGAACAUAUAAUAUCUGAUCUUACGUAG